UUCUCUCUUCUUAAUUCCCCACACAACUUUCACCUCCCCGACCGAUCGAUGGCGAUGCACGGCGGCGGCGCGGAUGGCGGCCGCGAUGGAGGCGGAGACGGCGGCGUCCGGCUGGAGCUGAGCCCGACGUCGGCGUCUCCGCUGUCGAUCGGCGAGGCGGAGUCGCCGGAGAUGCGAAUCCGGCGGCUGAUCGCGGAAAAUCCGGUGGUCAUCUUCAGCCGUGGGUCCUGCUGCAUGUGCCACGUCAUGAAGCGGCUCCUGGCCACAAUCGGCGUCCACCCCACCGUCAUCGAGCUGGCGGAGGACGAGGUCGCCGCCCUCUGCGACGGCUCCGGCGGAGGCGCGUCAGGUGCCCCCGCCCUCUACAUCGGCGGCGCGUGCGUCGGCGGCUUGGAGAGCCUUGUGGCCUUGCAUUUGGGGAAUAAGCUCGUGCCCAAAUUGGUCCAAGUCGGUGCCCUAACGAAUAAUGAUUUUAUUUUCUCACCACCUACCUGAAUUUAAAUUAAAUUAAUGUUAUAUAAGUCUUGCUUAUGGAUUUAAUUCUAGAUAAUUUAAUGUUUUAUUUGAUCCCUUUGAAGAUCUGGUGAGAAAAAAGAAAAAAAAAUAAAAAUAUAUAUAUAUAUAUAUAUAUACACGAAGGUAUUUUAUGUAUAUAUUGUAAUUAAGCUUGUUGUGAAUUUUUGUUAUUUAGUUUUGUUAGAUUGGUAAUUGUGAUUAAUUAAUUAUAAGCAAAAUAUAUGUAUGAUUUGUAGGAAAAAAAAUUGGUGUAAUAUUUCUCUAGUCUGCUGCUUCAAUUGUAAUGAAUAUCCCAGCAAUA